GACUCAGCCACCACAGUGGCGAUGAAACUGGCGGCACCAAUGAGCUCCCCAAUGGCAAGAUCAGGACUGUUCGAUCUCAUGGCAGCCCAUGUUGAGAAGAUAUCUGGGCCUCCAUUCCCUAGGGCGAGAAGAGUGACGCCGGCGAAACUAUCACUCAUUCCCAUAAAGCGUGCUCCCGCACUCAAGUUGACUGAGAAAAAGUCUCCCGCACAUAUGCCCAUGGUUAGGAACAGCAGGGCCAUCCAGAGGAGAACAACAAGCCAUGCCCUAGCACCUGCAUCCGACGUGCAGUAUAAAAGGCGAAGAUAUGGGAUUCGACCAUCAUCCUCCUCUUGA